UCUCUACUUUCGUUUUUUAAGAAAAAGAAAAUUUCGGGUUUCUUCGCAAUCCCUGUUCGUGUCGAGGGUAUAAGCCAAAAUUUGAUCUUGUUUACGAUUUCUUGAGGGUUUCUAAUUUCUCGUGAUUGAAUGCAUAUGAGUCACCGCUGUUUGUCCCUUUUGUUAUAUGGGAGGCCUUCUAUUUUCUGUUCAUCGAUUUUAUUGAUUUUUCAGAUCUUGUGAUCACUCAGAUACAUGCAUACAUGUCCCGAGAGAUUUGUGGGAUGAAUAAAUCAAAGUCUUUUUCUCUAAUCAUUGUUGCACUGCAACGCUGCUAAUGCCAAAUUGGGCCUUCAGUUUCGUCGAAAUUAAGUUUGGGGAUUCAUAUGACAUCCGAGGAUACGGGUGUAUUGGUUGGUGAUUGAUGUGAAUAUCUGAAUAGAACCAUUUAUUUUAUACGAAUAAAAGAAGAGAUUUCUCAAUGCUGAGUUUUAAUAGGAUCAGAGCUCAGCCGAGGUCCAAUAGAUCUAUGUCUUUAGGAGGCAUGGAUUAUGCGGAUCCGAAGAAGAAGAACAAUUUUUGUGGAAAAAUCUUAAUGGUUUCCACUCUUACAGCAUUGUGCAUUCUUAUGCUCAAGCAUUCCCCAAAUUUCAACACCCCAAGCCAAUUCUCCAGUCAUGAACCCGGUGUGACUCAUGUAUUGGUAACUGGAGGUGCUGGAUACAUCGGUUCACAUGCUGCAUUGCGACUUCUUAAGGAUUUUUAUCGUGUGACUAUAGUGGACAAUCUCUCACGGGGAAACCUUGGUGCCAUUCAUGUCCUGCAACAAUUAUUUCCUGAGCCGGGGAGGCUUCAGUUUAUUUAUGCCGAUCUAGGGGAUGCAAAAUCGGUCAGGAAAUUUUUUUCUGAGAAUGCAUUUGAUGCAGUGAUGCAUUUUGCUGCUGUAGCAUAUGUUGGAGAGAGUACUCUCGAUCCACUCAAGUAUUAUCACAAUAUUACAUCAAAUACUCUUGUUGUAUUAGAAGCCAUGGCUGCUCACGGAGUAAAGACAUUCAUUUAUUCUAGCACAUGUGCAACAUAUGGGGAACCCGAAAAGAUGCCGAUUACAGAAGAAACCCCACAGGUUCCCAUUAACCCAUAUGGAAAAGCCAAGAAAAUGGCAGAGGAUAUUAUUCUGGAUUUUCAUAAGAACUCUGAUAUGGCUGUCAUGAUUCUAAGAUACUUCAAUGUGAUUGGUUCGGAUCCUGAGGGAAGGCUUGGUGAAGCUCCCCGACCGGAACUACGUGAACAUGGACGGAUAUCUGGUGCUUGUUUUGAUGCUGCUCGUGGAAUAAUUCCAGGUCUUAAGGUUCGUGGAACAGAUUAUAAGACUUCAGACGGAACAUGCAUUCGGGACUACAUUGAUGUGACCGAUCUGGUGGAUGCUCAUGUCAAAGCCCUCGAGAAAGCGAAACCUGGACAUGUAGGCAUCUACAAUGUCGGUACAGGAAAAGGCAGCUCAGUGAAGGAGUUCGUGGCAGCCUGUAAGAAGGCAACGGGGGUUCCCAUAAAAGUUGAUUUCCUUCCCCGCAGGCCUGGUGAUUAUGCAGAAGUGUACAGCGACCCGUCCAAGAUCAAGAAUGAGCUUAACUGGACAGCGAGACACACUAACCUUGAAGAGAGUUUGCAGGUGGCGUGGAGAUGGCAGAAGGCACACCAAAAUGGGUACGGCGCUCCUCUGGUGAUGUCUGCGUAAAUAGAAAGCUCAAAACAUGAUAUUCAUAGCGGAGGACUAACAUGAACACCCCCUUCCAUCGGAGCUUUGAAUUUGGAAAAUUUUCCUAGUGUUGGAGAGAGAGGGGGAGUUGAGGCCAGGGGGUGUGAUGUAUUCUUUUCUCUAUUCAGAUACAUUUGAUAGCAUGGUAGGAAUCGCCUCAUAUAAUGAUUAUGCAUUGGAGACAUUUAGUUGAAUAAUAGUUUGAGAGGUAUAGUUCAAUUCUUGUAUUAUAUUAUAUAUAUAUAUUACAAUUGUCGUAGCAAUUCUUGAGUGGAAAGAUCCUUACUUUUCCUCCA